AUGCCUCUCAACGGCUCCUCCCCGGCCACGGCGGCGGGCAACCGCACCUCCUCGUCGGGCGGCCCCGGCCAGCCUUCCUCCUUCUGGAGCCUGCUGGCGCUGAGCCUGCUGGCGCUGCUGACGGCGGCCACCUUCGUGUGGAACCUGCUGGUGCUGGCGACCAUCCUGCGGGUGAAGACGUUCCACCGGGCGCCCCACAACCUGGUGGCCUCCACGGCCGUCGCCGACGUGCUGGUGGCGGGGCUGGUGAUGCCGCUGAGCCUGGCCAGGGAGCUCUCCUCCGGGCGGCGCUGGCGCCUGGGCCGCGCGCUGUGCCACGUGUGGGUGGCCUGCGAUGUGCUCUGCUGCACGGCCAGCAUCUGGAGCGUCGCCGCCAUCGCCCUCGACCGCUACUGGUCCAUCACGCGGCACCUGGAGUACACGCUGCGCGCCCGCCGCCGCGCCUCCAGCGUCAUGAUCGGCCUGGCCUGGGCGCUGUCGGCCCUCAUCUCCCUGGCGCCGCUGCUCGGCUGGGGCGAGACCUACUACAGCGCCGAGCAGGAGCGCUGCCAGGUCAGCCAGGAGCCCUCCUACACCGUCUUCUCCACCUGCGGCGCCUUCUACUUGCCCCUCGGCGUGGUGCUCUUCGUCUACUGGAAGAUCUACAAGGCGGCCAAGUUUCGCAUCGGGGGCCGAUGCCAAAACUCAGUAAAACUUCCUGUUUGCUUUUGUGUUGAGGUGAAAGAAGCUUCUCAUCAGCCCCAGAUGGUGUUUACAGCUCGUCACGCGACUGUCACUUUCCAGACAGAUGGAGAAACGUGGAGGGAACAGAAAGAGAAGAAAGCAGCUAUGAUGGUUGGCAUUUUAAUUGGCGUGUUUGUACUUUGUUGGAUUCCCUUCUUUGUUACAGAACUAAUAAGCCCCCUCUGUUCCUGCACUAUUGCACCUGUCUGGAAAAGCAUCUUUCUCUGGCUUGGCUACUCUAAUUCUUUCUUCAAUCCUCUUAUCUAUACAGCUUUUAACAAAAAUUACAACAAUGCAUUCAAGAACCUUUUUGUGAGACCAAGAUAAAAGCACUGUCAGGAAGGAGAACAUUCAUAUUUUGUAUGGUAGCAUCCUGAUUUAGCACAGGCACUUUGCAUCGAGUGAAAUGCACAUUACCCACGUGUUGGAAUUAAGCAAUAAUAAAGAGGACUAUGGAGGCAGCACAGAAAUGCAGCUCAUUAGAAUCUUCCACUGCCAAGUAUUGGCAGGAAUUU